AUGGAACACGCGCGUCCUCCGGGUGAAUUAGCGGUCGAAGGUGGUCCAGCCGAGCGCGCCGACGCGUGGCGAAAAUGGCGGAAACAGUUCGAGGUGUUUCUCAUAGCAUCCGGGGUGAGCAAGGAGUCUGAAGAGAUUCAGGCCAGUUUGUUGGUUAACCUCAUCGGUCCGAGUGGCUACGAGAUCUUUAGUACAUUCACAUAUCUCAAGGAUGAAAGUGAACAUAAGCUUAAAUGUCUCUAG